AUGAUUGAUGUUGUUCACAAUAAAACCCUUUCCUUAUUCAGUGUCUCGCCAAUUAUCUAUAUCUUUGUUCUCAUAGCUGCAAUCCCACCUAUCUUAUGGGUACGUCACUUGGCCACAAAACAGCGACCUCUUCGCGAGGUUCCUAUCCUCAAUGCAAAUGAACAGACGCCUGGGGAGAGCUGGCAUACCAAGCCACGAGAGUUGCUUAGUAAAGGAAUAAGAUUGUAUCCCGACCAGCCUUUCCAGAUCAUCACUCAUGGUGGCCCGAGGAUUGCUCUUCCCCGACGAUAUCUUGAAGAAGUCCGCGACUCUCAACAAGCAGCCUUCCCUCCUUAUUUCCUGGACGAGGCACCUUGGAACCUGCCCGGUUUCGACGGCCUAUUACGAGCAACAAACAUGCGACUUAUCACUGAGAGCCUAGCAGAUGAAGGUAUUCUAGCUACCGAAGACCUUUUUGGAAACCUUGCUCCUGGACAGUGGCAUACGAUUAUAUUGCUCCCUGAAGCAACGAAGAUAAUUGGUCGCUUCCCUGCUCGCGCUAUGCUCGGUGAAGAGAUAGCUCAUAAUCACGAAUACAUUGACAUAUCAAUGAAAUACGGCGCCACUGCUUUGACAGCAGCUUUGCGGUUUCGUUCCUGGCCCCGUAUCUUAUGGCCCAUCAUACAAUACUUUAUUCCACUGAGCAAGACGGCUCGAUAUCAGACUCAAAGAACGGAUCAGAAGCUUGAUAUUGUUGGCUUUCAGUUAGCCAUAUCUAUGGCUGCCAUUCACAACACGAGCGGGCAUCUGUUCACUGCUCUCUGGUGCCUUAUCGCGCAUCCCAAAUAUAUCUCACUUCUCCGAGAGGAAGCCAUCUCAGUUCUCAAGGAGUACGGAUGGACAAGGCAAGCCUUGGCUCGUCUCAAAUUACAAGAUGCUGUGCAUGAGGAAUGCAUGAGAAUACUUCGGGGCAACCUCAGGACUGCACGCCGACAAGUCGUUAAGGGAAACUUGACAUUCUCAGAUGGAUUCACUAUUCCUAACAGUCGAAGGUUUUUCGUCAUGCCUCCCGCUGAUUACCAGGGUGAAAACGAAGAGUUUUAUCCAGAGCGCUGGCUCGAAAAACAAGAAGAAGGACAAGCGAACAAAUACUCCUUUAUCACGGUGAAUCUAGAGAAUCCAGAGUUUGGAAUAGGCAAGCAUGCCUGCCCAGGCCGAUGGUUUGCAAACGACGAGAUGAAAAUCGCACUCUGUAUCCUCUUGCUACGCUACGACUGGAAGGCUACGCCCGGUAUGCCAAAGCCACUUUUCGAUGCGUGUGAGGACUUUCCUACAUUCAAAAGCUCGCUCCAGGUUCAAAUAACCCCUAGAGAACCGGAAAUUGAUCUCGCGUCCUCGAAGAUGUGA